GAUGUUGCUCUGGCACAUGUGAUCUCCACAUCUGUUCCUGAGGGUGUCAGUCCAGACGUUAACCCCUACAGUGCCAUGACUGAGGUGCUGGGACAGAGGAGCUUGUUGGGCUUUGGUGUGGUGUUAGCAUGGCUGGUGCUGUUCCACCUGCUGGUCAACAUCUGGCUGCUGUGCGUGUUCACCAGCCUGCUGGUGGUGCUGGGUGGCUGGCUCGGCUCGCAGGCCGUCCUGGAGUCCAACAAUGUGGUUCACCUGGAGAGGUUUAUCACCCUGGAGCAGGUUCCAUCCUCAGUGGAGGAUGAGCAUCACUUGGACCAGGAGAUCCGCAACACAGUGCGGAAAAUCAUCAGGGACUUUGUCACCUCCUGGUACUCCACGGUGUCCUCUGAGAGUGGUUUUGAAACCGAGGUUCAAGAGGCCAUGAUCUCUAUGGCCAUGGAGCUGAAACUGCGUGCAAGACACGUCGACAGGAAGGAGCUGACGCAGAGGAUCCUGGAUCUGUUUGGCUGCCACCUGCAGGACUACAUCAGAGCCAAGGAGCUGGUCACCGAGCAGCAGGCGCCUGUGAGGACAAGGUGGGGCAGUGAGAGCGAGCGGCGGUUGUGGGAGGCGUAUUCCAGUGUCACCACACCUCACCUUGCCGUGACCAGCGACUCAAUGGAGCUCAACUACACCAGAGCAGUUGUGGAUUUGUUGCUGCAUGUUUUGGUGCCAUCGCCGCACUUGGAGAGCCGCACGGGACGGUUCGUUGUCGGAGAGCUCAUCACCUGCAACGUCAUCCUCCCUCUCAUCUCAAAACUGUCCGACCCCGACUGGUUAAACAUCCUUAUGAUUGAAAUAUUCGGCAGGUCCAGCAAACCCCAGGAACCAAUCACAACAGAGCCACUGGCUUCAUCCCCACCACCGCUACCACCACCACCUGCUGCUGAUUCAGAGCUCGCUCAACUUCAAGAGACGGCGCUGGUUCCUCAAAGGUGCACCGAAGCUCCUCCACCGGGAGCAGAGACCGAAAGUGUCCACGAGACAGAGACGGCUGAGCCGGCUGCCUAUGACGUGUUUGACUCUGAGGAGGUGGACUGUCCGCAGAACAACCCCGAAGAAGAAGAAACUACUCGACCCUUUCUAGAGCAUUACAUGAGAGGAGGCAAGUCAAACCCUUUUUACCAGGAAAACGACUCUGACCUGGAUUCUCCUUUGGCUGACUAUAAACAGAGCUCCACUGACUCCCUGGUCAUGAUCGGCCAAGAGGAGGGUCUGUACGACAGACGGAAAGAAUGUGCCACGUCUGUGGAAAACAGCAACGGCGUGGACUUGGAGGAUGUUUGUCCCUGUCCAGUGGAUGUCCGGGGGAAUUCUGACCAUCCUAACGGCUACGGCCCCUCAUCAGUUAGGACGGCAGAGGGGACUCCCAGUAUCAGCAACCUGCAGGACCUGGAGAGGGAGGGCACUUCCCCUUCUGUAAACCCGGCCAGAGAGCUCCUUCUGGGUGUGGAUCAGACUGGGUUGGGGAACACCAACGAGUCGACUGUAGUCAGUCCACUGCAGGGCUCGUCCCCCAUGCCGUCAUUCAGUUUUGAGCCCCUCAGCAGCCCCGACGGACCAGUCAUCAUCCAGAACCUCCGCAUCACCGGCACCAUCACAGCAAAGGAACACAGAGGCACCGGCUCGCACCCUUACACUCUGUACACCAUCAAAUAUGAGACGGCGAUGGGUUGUGAGAACCCAGGAGGCAUCCAGCCGGGGUCCGAGGACGCCGAGGUGUUACAGACGAGCUGCGAGAAUCCAUCUCGCAUUCAGCCGGUGGCGUAUCACAUGGUCAACAGGCGAUACAGCGAGUUCCUCAACCUGCAAACACGACUGGAAGAAAAAACAGAACUGAGGAAACUCAUCAAAGGUGUGAAAGGUCCAAAGAAAGUUUUUCCAGACAUGCCGUUUGGAAACAUGGACAGUGACAAGAUCGAGGCCCGGAAGGGACUUCUGGAAACUUUUCUAAAGCAACUCUGUGCCAUCCCUGAAAUAGCCAACAGUGAAGAGAUGCAGGAGUUUCUGGCUCUCAACACGGACGCCAGGAUCGCCUUCGUCAAGAAACCUUUCAUCGUGUCGCGAAUAGACAAGAAUUUGAUGAACGCCAUCGUGGACACGCUGAAGACGGCGUUUCCUCGCUCAGAACCUCAAAGCCCCACGGAGGACAAUGAGGCAGAGGUGGACGCAGGGAAAAUAAGUGGUGACAAGAAGAGCAAGUCUCGUCUGAAGUUCUCCAGUAAAAACAUUCCCUCCAUGAAUGGCUCCGACAUGAGACCGCAGGUUUUGUUCAGCUGUGAGCAAACUAGCACAGUGUUUAACAGAAAGUCCCUGAGAGAAUUGCAAGCCUUUAUCACGGAACAAGAGAAACUGGCGCUCGGAGAGGAGCCGGAGAGGGAGGACAGUCCGGCGGUCAGAGGCGGUCUGGAUGACGAGAUGAGAGGGAAGCAGAGUCAGGAACGUGGUGGCUGGACGUGAGCGUAGCCAACCUGAUGUGCAAAAGCUACUGGGUGGUGUACCUGCAGGUCAUCCAGGAGGCGGUGUGGCCGGGCG